AGUAAACGGUAAAUGGCUCUGUUUUCGGUUACUUUUAAAGUUUUAUGAUGGUUAUUUUGACAAUUCAUUUGACUUUUCAAAGAUAUUAAAAAAGUCACUUUUAAACUCUUUGCCAAACAUCCAAACAUGUCAAUUUGUAUGGCGUGUCCCCCCUAUGGAUGUGUGUUGUCGUCGUCUUUUAAUUGUUUUACCAACAAACUAGAAUUAUGUGUUCAUAAUGAAUUUUAUUAACAACUUGUGAAUGAAAUAUUGUCCCAUAUAUUAUCACAAUGGCUACCGUAAAAAAUAACGGACUCAUAAUAGAUCCAGCUCUGUGCCGAUUCUGCAGAGCUAUAAAAAAAUGUAGAUUGUUGACUGCCGAGUACACUUGGAUGGAAAAGAAAGAAGUAUACGCCGAUAUGGUGAUGGAUUGCUUUGGAAUUGUUUUGUCACAUAUAGAUGAAGAUAUGAAGGAUGCUGGAGUUUGUGCCACUUGUGUUGUUAGACUAAGAGAUGCUUGUGCAUUUAGACAACAAGUAUUGCAGUGUGAAGAACUAUUCCUGAACGCUAAGCUUGAAGAUAAAGAUGAUACGAAAAAAGAUGUUGAAAUUGAUGGUGUGGAAUUAAAAGCGGAGCCAAAGGAUGACAUUAGUGAACACAACUCAGUAGGUCCGGAGCCCCAGGAUGAUAGCAUGGCUGAUGAUUACUCAGCAGAUGAUAUUGAAGAUGUAAAACCGAAAAAGGAAGACAAUGAUAAAACAUCAAUACAAUCAGAAGAUGAACCGAUGGAUGAUGACAGUGAUUAUUCCAUCUCAUCAUCAGAUUCUGAUAAACCAAUAUUAAGAAAGAAGAACAGCAAUCGAAAGAAGAAGGAUAAAGCAAAUGGAGAACAGAAGAAGAAACAGAAGGGAGUAAAGAAACAAAAAGCAGGUACAAGUUCAAAACAAUCAAUAAAAAAUAAGAAACCACCAGUGGAAAAGAAAAAUACAUAUGAUAGAGAUUUAGAUUGUAUGUCAGAGGAGAAUUUACUAACAAUAAUACAAUAUUCAUACGUCUGUCCAUUCAAAAAUAGACGGAAUAAUUACUAUUGUUUUUACUGUAAAGAUUAUUAUCCUAAACCUGAAGAUUUACGUGAACAUACUGUAUCACACGAUACGAAACCCUUCCAAUUAUUAAUGGGUUACAAAAAAAUGCCAAAAAUCGAUAUAACAAGAAUCGAUUGUAAAUUAUGUACAACGAAAAUCGAUGAUUUGGGUACAUUCAAACAGCAUAUAGAUGAAGUUCACGGGAAGAAGAUAUAUUUCGAAGCGCCUGAUAAAAUGUUAUUAUAUAAAUUAACAUGGAACGAUUUAGUGUGUGUGAUGUGUAGUGACGUAUUCGAAGAUUUUAAUUCAUUGAAUAUGCAUAUGGUGGAACAUUUUAGUAAUUAUACGUGUGACGUUUGCGGUGUAUGUUUCCUUGAGAAGCCACGUUUGGAUGCACAUUUGAAACGUCAUAAAGACGACGAGAGACAUACAUGUGAAGUGUGCGGUAAAGUUUUCAAAUCGAAUCAUUAUAAAGAUAUGCACGUCGAUAUUGUACAUAAGAAGAAAGCUAUAAUAAGAUGUCCGAGGUGUGAUGAAUGUUUUAUGUCUUAUGCAUUGAAAAAUAAACAUUUAACCGAAGCUCACGGACAGAAAAGGACAUAUCCAUGCAAUUUGUGUGAUAAAGUUUAUAAUAGACAGAAGACAUUGACUGAACAUCAACGUAGGAAUCAUCAGAAAGUAUUGAAACACCAAUGCGAGUAUUGUGAUCAAAGAUUUUAUUUGCCGUCAAGAUUGAAAGAACAUAUGGCAACACAUACAGGUGAGAGAAACUUCCGCUGUGAAUAUUGUGAAAAGAGUUAUCCUAGAUUAAAAUCAUUGCAGUAUCAUAUACGUACACAUACGAACGAUCGGAGAUAUAGAUGCCAUAUAUGUGGUCAAGCGUUCAUACAGAAUGCAAGUUUGAAAUCACAUAUAAAAAGCCAUCAUCCAGAAUGUGAUAUAGAAGGUUGUUAUUUCUAAUAUUAACAAGUAUAAUAAGAUUCAAACUUUAUACCAGCUUUUGGUGACCGAGCUUCAAGCAAUUGCUGGUGUGCGGGCUUGUUCUAAAAUGCAAAGUGCCCAGGUAUCGGAUCUUGGGUAACAACAUUCAGAUUUUAUCAUGUCUGAGCGCGCAAUAUGGCUAUAGAUUAAUUUAGACAUAAUCCUGAAUAGUACUAACAACGAUCGACUCAUUCUGCAGAGCGAGAAAAAAUUAUAGGAAUUACGUUUGUCUCGCUUUGAAACAACUAACGAGCGUUGUUCGUACAAUUCCUGAUUAUAUCUAAAUGAAUAACAAGACAACUUUAUUGGUAUGUUCUGCCGAUAGCUAAGUGUUGUGUGUCUCGUUAAAAAUUGCGAGCCUACAUUAAGUUUGGAUGUCACUAUAGAUUUGGUUGAAGUUUGAAGUAUACAUCACAAUUUUGUAUAUAUCGUCGAGUGAUAGUUUUUAGUGAUUAGCGUGAUAUAGUGAAUGUGUUGUUAUAUUUGCAAUUUACAUAUAAAAAAGAUAUUUAUGAAUCUCCAUAUGUAAUUAUCAUCGCGAAGAAUAUGUUGGUGAUGUCACAAUGGGGGGAAAAAAUUGUAAGCUCUUGGUAAUUGGCGCCGAGUGAACUGUCAGCUGUCAAAUUUUUUUAACGUCAGUUUCGCAUUUUUUUUUUAAUUUACAAAUGUGAUCUUUAUUAGAAAAGAUCUCCGAAGCUGAAAUGGAUCUACAGUUUAGAAAAAAAAGCAAUUAAAUUAAUUUACGUUAAAAUUACGUAUUAUUGACUUUUUUUGAGAGAAAUUUGAUGAACGUCGUUGCUAUGACUAUAAACCAUUUCCAUCCAUCCAAGUAUUUUGUAUGUAAAGUAUAAAUGUUUUGUUUAUCUGUGGUUAAUUUAGUGCUAAUCACUUGAUUGACUUGAUCGUGCUGACAUCUUUAGUUAGUAACAGGCAAUUUUUCUCCCCAUUAAGCAGUUUAGGCUUUAAUUCAAUUAAUUUCAUAAAAAAGAGGCUAAAAUUGUUGGAAAUUACUAUAUAAAGAUUAUUCCAAAUCGAAAUCAAAGGCAUAAAUUAUAAAUAAAACAUUUUUAAGAAAAAAACGUAAAUAUUUAUGGUAUAACUCUUUUCAAAUAUUAAAGCGACUCAAGGUUAUCUGCGCAGUGCAUCUCGCAACGCCCCAACACAUCUAACAUGUGUUCUGCGCAAUAAUUGACAAUAAGUUUAGAGCCGCCAAUAUAUAUGGCAGCAACUGUAACCUGAGAUUUACAUUACGAACUUUAGUACGUUAUUUGAAAUAAAUUAUAAAUUAGUCGUGAUAUAUGAAUUAUUCAGUUACAGAUUAGUUUAUGACUGAAAUCUUGCAAGACAAGAAAACUUUUCUAGUAUUUUUUUAAAGGAUCUGUGUUGUCACAAGGAGUAAAUAAUAGCACUGACCUCUAUAAAUGGAUUGGCUAUAAGACGUGGUAUUUUGUGCCUAUUUGAUUUUAGCACUGAGACGCGUUUAAAUAAGAAAGAAGUAAAAGCUGUAUUUUCCAAGCAAUCGCCUAUCCAUUUAUAAAGCUCAUUGAGUAAUCAAUUAAAUCUAGUAAAAUGUAGUUAAACCUAUGCAACAGUCGAAAUGUAGACAAAUAAUAUGCCUAGUUUACAUAAUGCCAGUACAGUAAGACAUUAGCGCUCAAAACAGCGCUGGGAUACAACUGGUAUGUAAACAUUAACUGGCGCCAGUGAGAAGACAGUCAAUGGAAAUCAAGUAUUAUUGUCCUACUACUGGCAUAAUGUAAAUUAAGUAUUAGCCUAUUUUUUACAUUGAAGAAAGAGCUUUUUAAUAGUAAAGGAAUUUUUAAAUUCGGUUCAGUAGUUUUUAAGUUUAAUUUGAAAAACAAUUUUACAUUAUACUUUGAUGAGUAUUAUUCGUAAUUAAUGGUCGCGUUCUAAUUUAGAAGUACAAUAUAUUUAUGAAUGAUGUAUUAAUUUUAUAUACUCUGCAAGUAAACUUACUUUUUGUAAGUUAAUAUCGU